CGGGAAAAACUAUAGUAUCAUAUCCGUUACCGCCGAUUUUAACGUUGCUCGUCGUCGUUUUUGGAAUACUAGAAAAUACUGUAUAGAUGAUUUAUUAAUGGGAGCGAAAAAGAAGUUGGACCAAAGUGACUUUAAUACUUUAAAAGGAAGUGCGCUUAUAAUUUACAUUGCAGAAUGUAGACAACUAAUCUAG